AUGCAAGCCAACAACGGGUCCUUUACCUCUAAUGGUAAUGGUACUACUCAAGACCUUAGAGCCAUGAAUGGUGAGAUGGGAAACAUGUCAUUAGCAAAUAAACGGAAGAAGAAACCCGCUAGAGCUUUCCAUCAGCAAUGGGAAACAGCAGUAGCACCACCAUCUUCUACGGCUUCAACUCCAUUCAUGCCUCCAAACGCUCUGUUCAAUGGUAAUAGUAAUGGCUAUGGAUUUGAUUCAAAUCCUCCAUCCAAUGGGUUCAUCACUCCAAGAAUGGAUUCAACAUCUUCAUUCCAAUCACCAGCUCCUUCAAGAGUUUCUUCGUUUCAAACGACCCAACUGCCGGGUUUGCCUCUGUUUCCACCUCAACAUCAGCCUGAAAAUGCAAUAGUGGUCCCAGUUUCCGGUGGCAUCAGUCUGGUACCCGCACCAGCUCCAAGUUCAGAGUUGUCGUUGGUUGAUUACAGAUACCACACCCAAGCAACCUUCAUGACUCCUACUUCCGACAAUGAUCCACUGUACCCUUCAUUUUACACUUUCCAAAACUCCAUUCCUCCCACAGCAGGUACUCAAUAUUUGACAGUGGAUCAGGGAACUGCAUCUCCCAAUUACAUUCGUUCUUCCAUGUAUUUUGUUCCUGAAACUGAAUCCUUAAGGGCAGCUACAAAGCUUCCAAUUGCCUUAACGAUUAGACCAUUUGCUCCUUCACAAGACCCUGUUCCUGUGGUUGAUUUCCGUGAUUUGGGGAAUAUUUCUGGCUCUGAUCCUUUGGAUUUUGGUCCUCCACGUUGUCGUAGAUGUAGAGCUUACGUCAACCCUUCAAUGACCUUCACUUCAGUAUCAAACUUUACUUGUAAUGUUUGUCAGUUCAGAGGUAACACAGUUCCUCAGGAAUACACUUCUUAUUUGGAUGCACAAGGUAACAGAGCUGAUAAAUUUGUCAAACCAGAAUUACAUCAAGGAGUCUACGAUAUUCUAGUUCCUGACGAAUAUAACGUAGGAGGCACAGGAUCAACGAACGACGAGUUGCAUCAUAUCUUUUUGGUGGAUAUUAGUGAACCAAGUAUCAGACAAGGUUUACCAGCAGUUGUAGCUGAUAGUAUUAGAACAGCUUUGUUUGCUGAGAAGGAAGACCUUCAAGAACAAACUGGUGAAGAUAAUGAACCAUCGAAAAAGACAAUCAAGUAUUCAAUUAUUUGUUUUGAUAAGCACAUUCAUUUCUACAACUUGUCACCAAAGUUGCAACAAACUCAAGUUAAUGUGUGUACUGAUUUGGAUGAUCCAUUUGUUCCGUUCUUUGAUGGAUUGUUUGCCGAUAAGGAGGAAAGUAGAAUCCAGAUUGAAGAUGCCUUAACUAACAUGGAACAAAUGACUAAUGAUCCGACUUUCUUGCCUGAUACGGAGUCUUGCUUUGCUGUUGCAAUCAAAUUGGCAUCCAUGUGUCUUGAAUCUCAUGGAGGUGGUAAGAUUACCACUCUUUUAGCAGGAUUACCAUCAUGGGGACCUGGAGGCUUGAAGUUUAAGCCUAAUAAUACAUCAGGUAAGAAUGCAGAUGCUGAAAAGUACUUAUUCCUUCCAAACCUGGAUUACUACAAGGCAUUGGGUAAAGAAUUAGUUGCCCAAAGUGUUGGUGUGGAUUUGUUUGUUGUUGCAAAGACCCAAGUUGAUAUGGCAAACGUUGGUUAUUUAUGUGGUGUCACAGGAGGAAAUAUCAACAGAUGGACCAAUUUUGAAAUUGAACGUGAUGCCAGAGGGUUCCAUGAAAAGUUUGUGACUUCAGUUAAAAACCCAAGAGGGUAUCAAGGUCAAUUGAAAGUUCGUUGUUCUAAUGGGUUGCAAGUGGCUCAAUAUUAUGGAACAUAUUCAAAUAAGGAUAUCAUUGGAGAUGUCAUGGAUCCCAAAGUGUCACUUUUAACUGAAGAUCAGACAUUCACUGUGUUGUUUGAAUAUGAUGGGAAAUUGGACACCAAAUAUGAUUGUCAUUUCCAAGUGGCCUUAUUGUAUACCGAUGCUUUAGGUGCUAGAAAGGUUAGAGUCAUCAACUUGGUAUUAGCAGUGGCAGAAAAGCUUCAAGACGUUUUCAACAUGGUUGAUGAGGACACGGUAAUGACCACAAUUCUUAGAGACUCAUUGUCAUUUAUGGGUAAACAAUCACUCAAGGAAAUACGGGAAUCUCUUAAUAAUAAGUUGGUGGAAGUUUACACUCAGUAUAGAGCAAUGAGUGAACUUGGUCAUAAUAUUACAAACACCAUGAACCGAACUUUAUUAUUCCCUGAAGGUUUGAAACAUUUACCAAUUUAUGCCUUAGCAUUCCUCAAGUCAGAUGCUCUUAGAAAUGGGAAUGGAAUCACACCAGAUACUAGGCUUGCCGAAAUGUUCAAUUUGAUGCACAUGCCAGUGGAAAGACUUCUUUAUAACUUAUAUCCUGCAAUGGUAGAGUUGCACAGUCUUGAUGAUGAAGAAUGCACUUUUGAUGAUUAUGGAUUCCUUAGAUUGCCACGUUUCACAGAACUUUCACUCUCCAAAAUGGAGCAAGGGGUCUACAUCUUGUGUGAUGGCUAUCGCGUGUACGUUUGGGUUGAUCCCAACGCCAAUAUUCUUCUUGUGAAAGAUUUGUUUGGGGAAAACUACGAUAGUGUUCUGCAAUUGGAUCCUAUGAUGAAUGAAUUGCCUGUUUUACCCACACUUAUCUCCGAACAAUCUCAUAAUUUGAUAAAGUUCUUCCAUUCCAAGAUAAUUGGUAUCCCAGGUCAAGAUACUGGUAGUAGUAUUCAAUUGGUUAGACCAGGUAUUGAUGGUUCAGAAAUUAUCUUCAAGUUAAGAUUGGUCGAAGAUAAUAUUUCCAGGUCCCUAGCAACUCCCAGUUAUGGUGAUUACCUCACCAGUUUGCAUAAGGCUAUUAGAGUGAAUUUGGAUAGUGACAAAGCCUCCGGGAAGAUCAAACAAUCCAUUGAUAAUGUGGGGAAUAACAGCGAAUCUCUCACCCAAAGGUUUGCUCUUUUCUAG